UAUAAUUCCUGCCAAAGAACGUGGCUGUCACUUUCCAUUUCCGGACCCGAAUCAUUCGGGUCGGAGCCGUUAGAAACGUAUGGUAGGAUAGGACGCACCCUCCAACAGACUCGGCAUUAAAAGCCCGCACAAGACGCGCCGGCGAGAACUCGGUCGGGUCAAGACCCAGACAAAAGAGGGAGGAAAGACUCGACUCCACCGACACGGCCGAGUCACGGCCGAGUCAGGGGGGUGCUCUCACCUCCGGAAUAUAGGACCCAAAAACCAUGAAAAACAUCAAAGUCCAAGACCCUACCGAAUCAACCAAUGACGAGCUAAAGCAACUCGCCCCUCCUCCAUUGAAGAACCGUAAGUUGUUAUCGAAGCAGCUUUCGAUACGCGAGACAUCGCUAGAGGCUGCAUGGGAGAAAAGGCGCCUUCAGAUCUUGAGGAAGGAUUCUAUAGAGUUGUUGGAUGAGUCGACGGAGGCAGAUGGGUUCCGUUCUCCGAGGUUGUCAGGACGAGGACUGACGGAUGAGGAUCUUAAUGAGCUGAAAGGGAGUAUUGAUUUGGGAUUUGGGUUUAAUGAGGAGGAUGGGCAAGGGCUUUGUGAUACUCUUCCGGCUCUUGAUUUAUAUUUCGCGGUGACUAGGCAGCUGUCCGAUAAGAAGAUUCGGUACUCACCGUCGAGCCCUAUGUCGAGUACGAGCGGGUCUUCUUCGACGGUUGGAAGCCCCAAGAGCCCUGAUGAAUCUUGGAAAAUCUGCAACCCUGGAGAUAAUCCGCAGCACGUGAAGACGAGACUAAGGCAUUGGGCACAAGCAGUAGCAUGCUCUGUGAGGCAAUCUUGUUGAUUGGAAUAGACUUGUACAUACUCCUGCCGCAUCAAUAAUCAAUGAUUACGCCAAAUUCCACAUAAUCCAACAUCUAUGGAUGAUGGUGAUGCCCAGCUGCUUCCAAAGAUAAAGAAGCACAUGAGGUGGCUCAAAUCAUCAUUGCAAGAAACUAGGACGAAAAAUGCUUGCAAAGGAAUGGCGAUUCUAUGAAUCUUUUUUUCUUCUUAUAUUUAGUUGGAGAUCCUUUGAUCUCUUCCUUUA